UCCGCUUUCUCGCUAAGGUGUAUCAUUCCAAGGGUUACCUGAAUCUAUGUGAUUUUGUGGCGAUCGGAAAGGUUUUAUUGAGAUAUCUGGACUUUUAUUUUAGAAAGGAUGCAUAAAAUAUUCGGAAAAAAGAAUAAAAGUAAAGACAAUCUCGUGGAGUAUUCACAAAAUUCUACGGGAAAUGACGGACCCCGCCCAGCGGAGGGGAACAACACACCUGACACUAAUGGUACAACGCAACAACAACCAGCGGUACAGAAGAAUGAGCCUCCUCCUCAGCCGCCCCGUCCUAAACUAGUAUUCCACUGUCAGCAGGCUCAUGGGAGCCCAACGGGUAUUAUCUCUGGGUUCACCAACGUGAAAGAACUAUACCAGAAAAUAGCCGAUUGCUAUGAUUUACCUGUUUCAGAAAUACUCUUUUGUACAUUGAAUACACACAAAGUGGAUAUGUCCAGAUUGUUGGGUGGGCAAAUUGGUUUGGAGGAUUUUAUAUUUGCCCAUAUCAAAGGUCGCCCCAAAGAAAUGGAGGUGACAAAGUCCCAAGAUGCAUUAGGACUGACCAUAACAGACAAUGGUGCUGGGUACGCGUUUAUCAAACGAAUAAAAGAGGACAGUAUUAUGGACAAGCAAGAACUGAUUUCAGUUGGUGAUCAUAUAGAAAAAAUUGAUGGCAAAAGUUUAGUGGGCUGCAGGCAUUUUGAGGUGGCUAAGAUGUUGAAGGAGAUUCCUAAAGGAACAACAUUUCUCAUUCGUGUCGUGGAGCCCAUGAAGUCAGGAUUCUCUUUUGUUGAGAAAUCCAGUGGGAAAAAGGGAAGUGGAAAUUUAGGAUCAGGCAAGCAGACAUUACGACUUAGAUCAUCAGGGCCUGCCACAGUGGAAAUUCCUGAUGAUGUAGUGAAUGUGGCAGUUGACAAAGUAAAUGGUUUGUUGGAAUCAUUCAUGGGAAUCAAUGAUACAGAAUUAGCUCAAACAAUAUGGGAGUUAGGAAGCAAGAAGGAUAAUCCAAGUGAUUUCGCUAUGGCAGUGGACAACUCGGAACUUAAAGACUUUGGUUUCACGGACGAUUUUGUAUUUGACCUUUGGGGUGCAAUUUCUGACGCAAAGAGUGGCCGACUAACAAAGGGUGUGCAGGAAUUUAAUGAACAGUUUUAGAGAUAUGUUGUCCUGGGUUUAUACGUGUACAAAAGUUGUGGUAAUGUGUUGUGAUAAAUUUCUGUCAACAUUCCCCCGUCAUUUUGUAAUACUGUCAUACGAAAACAUAUCAUCAUUUUAUAUAGCAAAUUUUUACUUAAAAAGCUUUGCUUUUUUCACCAUUUCAUCUUUAUAAAAGUUAUUAUAUUUUUAACAGAUAUAGUCAAGCAUUCCUAGAAAAUUUUCUUGUUAUAAGUUGAUUAUAAGAUGAUUUAAUACCUGUGUUAUUUUUUGCAAAUAUUUUAUUGAUUGUUAUGAAUUAACUUAAUAUUGAUACAUGUACAUCAUUUGUUAUUUAUAUGAUCUCAAGCUCUGUGAAUAAUAGUAAAGUAGAAUAUUUAAGUUCUGGUGAUCACACACAAGUUUCUAGUAUUUGUUGCUCACACGAAAAAUGUCAGCAGUCCAUGAUUUUUGAUCCAUUCACCCUAAUCCUGAAGGGGGUGAAUUUUAAAACAAAGAUGCAUUAAUAAAGGGCAAAAGGUCAUAAAAUAUAUAAGGGCAUUGAGCAAAUUUAAAGCUAUUUGGAAUUAUUUGUUAAGUUGGGAUAAAAUUAAGAAGGAAGAACAUACUGUCAUUAUAGACCACAUUGCUUACCAAGUGACAGUCUUGAAAUACUAAAAACUUUUAUUUUACUAGGGAAUGUGGCUGAACAUAAUUUUCCAUAAUUACCUGUUUCAAAUGUCCUAUUUAGUACGAUAUUUUACUUUUGAAUCAGUGAUUAUAUCCAGGAGAGGACUUUGUCUCAGCCAAUCAGGGUGAAGUAUGGGAAAUAUGUCAUUUUUACAUUUAAUGAAUUUGCUAGAUUUAAUUAACAUUUACCACUGAUUCAUCAUUUGAUAGUAUUAGAUCAGUAGUGUAAAUUUACUUCAUCUGAUGCCAGUUGUGAACAAAAUAUGUAUGGUGUGCAUUUUUAAACUUGUAUGGAAGGGGCUGUUGUCCAUUUUUUUGUUUUUUAAAAUUAAUUGACAAUUGAUGUUUUGGAAUUGUGAUUCAUAUGCUUUAAAUUAAUUUAAUUAGUUUAUCGUAAUAACAUCUUUAAUGUAGAGCUGUUUUUAAUAGACUAAUGUCUGUGCCAUUGAUAGAACUACAUUAGAUUUAAAAAAAAAAAUAUUUGCUUGUUUUCAGUCUUAAAACCUUGUGGAUUCAUGUGAUUAUAGAAUUAAUAACUUCUGGGGUUGUGUUCUUAAGCUUUUCCUACACUAAUUCAGCAGCAAGUUUUUAUGAAAUAUCACAGCACCAUAUAUUACAGUACACAUAUCAUGUAUCAAAUGGUCAUUGGAGACAUAUUGUGAAUACUUUGAAUUAACAUUAUUUUUUACUUUGGUAAUUGUGUUUAAGUUUGGUUUUUCUGACUUAAUUAUGGUAAAGGAGAAUGAGUUGAGAACUGUGGCAUUGUGUUCAUGAUGCGAGUAUUACCAUAUUCAUUGUGAUAUGAAAUCCAUCUUAAUUUACCUUCAGUGCUGUGUUUAGAGAUUUUAAUAGCUUUAAUUGUGACAAUAGCUCAGUAAAUAAUUUUAAGGUUUCAUCGAUAUUUUUCUCAUGGCUGUGAAAUAUCUACAUAUUCCCUAUUUGCUAGUCCUAGUUUUGACUGAUCAAAUUUUGAAAGAAGUAAAAAUGUUGUCUUAUUUGUCAAAUCUGUGGGAAAAUAUUGUAUUUUGAAUUAUGUUAUUCAAAAUCCAUGUACAGUAAAACACUCUUAUAAGGAGCACACUUUUAAUGAAAUGAUGCUUACAACGAAGUGAUUUUCAUUCCCUGUGACAUAAAAAGCAUAUUAUAAACUUAACCAGAUUAUGCAUAUAAUGAAACAAAAUUGUCUGUCCCUGGUACUUUGUUAUAAGCGUGUUUUACUAUAUGUUCCUCCGUGUAAAAAAAAAAUAUCUGCUCUGGCCUCUCAUGACCAGACAUUACUCAUUUGAAGAUGGUUUAUCUUAAACUUUUGUUCAAACAAAUAUUUUUUUCCUUUGACUACAAAUGAAUUAAUUUCCUACCCUUUGUUUUAAGUCUGUACAUUUAUAAUGUCCGUUUGAUGUCAACUGAUAUAUGUUGUGUUGGCUUGUUAAAUGUAACUGUCAAAAUUUUCUUGAUACAUUUAAUGUUUUAAAUAUUAAAGGUGCUCUAUUGUUUGAGCCAUCUACCCUGCAAGGUGGAACAUGCAGGCUUUUAGAUAAAAAGCAUUUGCUGCUAUAAAUUACUUGGGUACAUUGGAUUGUGUUUCACUUGACUACAAACAUCAAUUUCUCCCAUCAUUGAAAUAUUAACCUACUUAAAGGAAUUUUCUUCUUUUUCAUGGUCUUUGGCAGCUGGGAAGAAGGUCUGUCCCAGCAUGGCAUACAGUGAAGGAAACUGCACUGAAAAGUUGAUAUUUAACAGAAGCAGCUUAAUUUCGAGUUUUUGAUUUAACACUCAAAAAUUUUUAGACAAGAAUUUUAUCCAGUCAUACUGUAAAGAGUUCAUUUCUGACUCAAGAAAAUGGAAGCUAAUAUAUGUUGGUGCAACUGAUAUUGAAGCCUAAGGACAUAUAAAUGGCAGAGCUCAUCAUAUUUACUUCAUGGAACAAUAUAAGCCAUUUGUAACACAAUUCUUCAUACCGGUUUUGACUGACCUUUACAGAGAUUUUCAUAUAGAAUUUAGAAGGUACAGACCUUAUGAUUUUGAUGAAAUUUAUUUAUUUAAACAAUGUGAUGAUUGUAUGCAAGUGAUGAUGCUGGUUCAUCACAGUGUAUAAUAAAUCCUUUCAAUGAAAA